CGAUAUGAAUAUAUAUUGCCCGUCCUCUGACAACAACGGCGGUUGCUGUCUCACUUCGCCACACUCCGCGGCCAUGGUCGAGGCCCUCGAUGCGCUCGAGCAUGUCAACGUCGUCUUGGCUGUGAUCCUCUGCAUGAGCGUCGUCGUCUACCACCGCUGCAUGCAGCAGACGCUUGCGUCAGCCCGGCAACAAGCCUUGUCGUCCCGGCAACACGCCUCGACGACCGACAAGCCAUGCCAACACCGCCGCCGGACGCCAUCGAUCGAGGACUGGGACGUCUUGAACCACGUCAUUGACGACCUUCUCCUCGGGUGCGAUGUGCCUUCGCACGCCGAGCCGCUCCCGCUUGUCGGCGAAGGCCUCGCGCUCGCCAUGUACGCCGCGUACCACAUCUCGUCCGUCGGCGUCUUGCGCCCGCCCACCGCCACUUACUAGCUAGCCCUCCUCUCUUCACCACGUCUUCCAUGUGCUGCCUCAUCGCGUAACCCA